AUGUCUACACACUUCCAUCCGCGUCCGUCUACCUCUGCACCGCAAAGUCCCGUUUGCCCUGGCUCUGCUCGCCCAACCAUCCGUGCCAUCACGCCUUCGCCACCGCAUGGCUUGAGCAAUCCCAUGAGCAAGAGUUGCAGUGAGCUAGAGAAGCCGAGUCAAGCGUCGCAAGGGGCGGCAGAACACCUCUUCAUGCGGCCCAAGAGCGUAGAGAUGCUGCAAAAGAAUGUUCAGACCCGGCACGCACAGCAGGGCUUUCAAGGUGACGAAGUGGAUACCAAUGUGCCUGUACUGCGGCGAGGCGGCGCAGUAGCAGGCAGAAAGUCGCCCGUCAAGCGCAGACAUCCGAGUAAGAGCCAGAGAAUCAAACCAUAUAGUACGCCAUCAGCAGCGUCGCUGCGGCAUAGGAUACUGAUGGGAGAUCGGAAGGACGGUAAAGAAGAAGAAAGUGGAGCCAUCAAGCAGGACGCAAGCAAGCAACCCAAGCACCAUGACCACAACGACAUUGACAUCUUUGCCGCCUGUCCCGAUACACCCACGCCAAUGACAGCAUCGCAAAAGCGAUUCGCAUACCUCCCUCUCGGCACACCAACCCCAACUGUCUACUCCCAAUCCGCUUCCAAACCGCGCUCCAGAACCAACGCAGCACCUCGUACCAAGUCCGCCCCAAUCCUAGCCUCAAAUCGCAACCGCCAGACUUCCAACCUCGGACACGGAAAACCACAUCCUAUCCAUGCAACCAGAACACUAAAUCACUCUGGCACGCGCCUAGGCCAGCGCAGUCAAGCAAACGAUGAGACACAAGACCCGUCAAAAGUCGCGCCAAAACACUCACAUUCUCACCGACCCCUCCAUGUCAUACAGCAGCAGCCUAACCAGCCCUCCGCUCCAGUCCCAGCAAUUAAACGUGCCAGAGCACCCGGCCCGGCUCCCACUAUACCUCUACCGCGUAAACCCCUGUCCGCUACGUCCAACAUUUCCAUUCACACCGCGCGCUCACACCGCAGCGUCUUUAGCACGUUGGGUCGCGACGAGUUGGAGCGGAAGAAGGCGGUGGUUGAGGAGGACGAGGGACCGUUUGGCGCGGUGGGGAGUGUGGCUGAGUUGGAUGGGGCGAGGAGGAGUGUUAGUAGUGGGAAGGAUGGAGGGGAGAAGGGGGGGAUGUGUGGGGGGAAGGGAUGUUGUGGCGUUAUGUGA